ACGCAGAGAGAGAACGAGAGCCUCAAGCGGAGGCUGCAGGAGCUCCAGGAUAAGCUCAAGAGAGGAAACACAGGUACUGUUCAGUCUGUUGCACUUCAUCUGUCUGGAGAAAGAGUUCCCACUGAGCAGGAGCAGAGCCCUGGGCUCAGGCAAAGCCCAGAGCUACAUCUGGCUGAAGAGAAGCAGGAACCUCCUGAGGAAGCCAGUGCCAUGCAGAGGGAGGAGGAUCUCAGCACAUUGGAACCGAAUGCCACGCCAGAGCCAGAGAGUGACUACAGUGUAACAUUACCUGAAAGCGACGAAGGAGGUCCUGAAUGUGGUUCUCAGAUGUCCGACACAGACCUGUCAGUGUUUGGGCCUCGUUUGAAAAGUGCCCCCGACCUGGACUCCAUUCACGUGGUGCGUAUAUCUGAUGGACUGCCUGCUGGUGCCUUUGGUUUAGCAAGGCAACCAGGUUUUACCUCUGAUGACAUUAAAAUGGAGGCAGAACUGCCUGAUUACGUAAUGGCGAGAAGGCACAUAUCCCAGAGUCCUUUUGAUGAACAUGCAGACUCAAACGCUAAUGUAGUGCAGCAGGAACCCACCAACGAGGCCCCUCAAGAUAACAUGGUGGAUUUGCCUUUUGGUCAUUCUCACUCAAACUACAGUGCCAUGGGAAGGAGGUUUGCAUUUAGUAAAAACACUAGGAGCACUCACGAGAGUAGGAAGCACAAGCAGUACUACAGGAAGGACGAAGAUCAUCGCUGCAUCUUGUGCGGAAAGACCUUUAGCCGAAUCGGAAACCUGAGGAUACAUCAGAGGUGCCACACAGGAGAGAAACCUUACUGCUGCACGCAGUGUGGAAGGUGCUUCAGUCAGGCGGGUGACCUCAAGAAACACAAACGAGUGCAUACGGGUGAGAAACCCUACUACUGUACUCAGUGUGGCAAGAGUUUCAGUCGUGGGGAAAACUUGAAACGACACCAGAAGAUUCACAUAGGAGAGACUCUGCACCUGCAUCAAGUCUGGAGAGACCCACAAUCUAAUAAGGCACUUUGAGAACUCUGUCAUUGAUUGUCGGUUAUGCAAAUAUAUACCCUCCCCUAUAAAAUUAUAUUUUUUUACUAGAUAACAUUAUUAUUGGUUUUUGUUUUACACAUGGCUAUUGCUGGGUGUUGUGUUAAGCUGUAUUUAUUGAUUUGUUUAGUAACAUGUAGCUGUAUGUGAAAACCAGUGCUGCGUAAGCUUUCUUAUCGUUAUUUCAUACUGACACUGUACCAUCUUCAGCAAAUGCUUUUAGUGUCAUGCAUUUCCUCACUGCCAUAAAAUAAAAUUAGUCAUCACUAUAGCCUCCAAUUUACAUGUUGAUUCUAAAAUAAAUAGAAAUAAAUAGUG